AAAUGAAGUGCCGUUGGUUGUUACUUUGACAGGCUGUGAUUUCAGGAGAACGGGACAGAAUUGCCUUCUAACAACCGUGUGUUUGUCAAAAAUGAGGAAGAGGAGCAGCAGCAGCGCCACCAGGAGGAGCUCCACGACCAGGCGACGCAGUGAGAAUCUGCGUUUUGACGAGUUCGGCUUCUAUGUCAGCAAAAGAAAGGACCAGAAAGUUCACCAGCAGCGAUGUCACGAUUACAGUUAUCCACAGUUGAGCUCAGUGAGGGUGAAGGAGCUGUGUGAGCUGCUCAGCUACUGGAAUGGGUCCAGCUUCAUCUGCAAGAGCCAGAUUGAGAGAUUUAUCAGAAUGGGGAUUCCUCCGAGUCUGCGAGGUCGCGUGUGGAAGUGUCUUCUUGGCACCGACAGUCUGAAAGAAAGCAGUGAUUUCAACUACCAGAAGUGCCUGUUAGAGGUGCGGGGGCCCCUGGUUGAUCUGGGUGUGAGCGAGUACGGCAUCCUGUCGGCGAUAGCGACGCUCAGCGAAACACAGAACGAUCUGGACCUGAACCCUCAGCAACCCUCAUCCACCAGCCCCGCCCCCUGCUACUCAGUCGACGACAUCACGCUGUUUCGACAGAUCGCUUUGGACCUGCAGCGCUCCUUCCCGACUCACCGCUCCCUGAUGGGAGAAAGUCCAGAAGCCAUUGAGGGUCAAGCCAAACUCUUCAGGGUCCUCAUCGCCUACGCCAAAUACAACCCACAGGUCGGAUACAGCCAAGGGAUGUCCUACAUAGCCGCUGUCCUGCUGAUGCAGUUGGGUGAGGAGGAGGAGGCGUUUUGGGCUCUGACAGCUUUGUUGGAUAAACCCAAGUAUCUGGCUCAACUCUUUGACCUCAGCCUCGCCAAGGUCCGCCAUCAGGUGAAGGUGUUUGACCAGUUCCUGAAACACAGGAAGCCAAAGCUCUCCAAACACUUGGAGUCAGUGGGAGUCUCGUCAGUCCACUUUGUGAUGCCGUGGUUCCUCGCCCUGUUCACUUCACUGCCCUGCUGGGACUCUGUCCUCGCUGUCUGGGACCUCAUCAUUCUGCAUGGUCUGUCUGCCGUGUUCCGCUCCGCUCUGACCGUCAUCGAUCUCCUGGAGCCUCGACUGAUGGACCUGACUGAUGAGGGAGCGGUGCUGCCUCUGCUGUUGAGACUUCCCGUCGACGUAGCCCAGUACAGCGUUUUGGUUCCUGCUCUGUGGGAGACUGAAGUCCAAGACUGGGAGCUCAAAUGUAUGAACAGUCUGGUGCUGGACGAGAACCACCAUGGACCCAAAACAGAACAGUUUCCAGAAAAGCCGAGAAAAGCCUCCGUGUUGACUCCAGUUAGAGGUAAAGAAGAAGAGACUGCACCACAAGGACAAAAACCUGCUGAAAAAGACUCAGUUGGUGGAGCGAAAAGCGUCCUCACCCGAAUGAUGCGCCUGGCCCAGCGGUACCUGUUUGACCCGAGGGGUCGACAGCAGACUGAAGAGAAGAGUUUACAAACACAAGGCAAAUCCAGACAGCGCAGUCCUGCACCGGGACGGGUUUUCAGGAGUCGGACGUCGGCGUCACAAACAAAAACUCAGAUCAGAUCCAGGAGGCGGAGCCAGCAGGGAGGCAGAGGCCAGCAGCCGGUGGCUCAGGGGAGCGGCGGUGAUGUCACCGCGACAGAUACUACAGCAGUUUGUGUGCAAACUGACAGAGCAGAGCAAAGCUUCAGGAGAGCAGGCACGGGGCCCGUUGGCAAGGUGUCUCGUCACCACAGCAACCACAACCUCAGGAUCAAGUCCCUCCGCGUUCUACGCAGUGGACGGAACCCGCCAAGCCAAGCGUCCUCCUCUGUACCCCCCUCAUCCCUUCGUUCCUGUUCGCUCCCAGCAUCCACUCCUCCAUCGUCCGGAGAGCAGCAGCAAAAGCACGGGCAGCAGGAAUCACCCAGGAUGGCUUUCCUCAAGGAAUUGUCGUCCAGACACCAGAUCAGUCUCCCGUUCAGGAACGUCAGGGAGUCCAAGCUGAUCUGACGGAAAUCUGAAGUCAAAGAUAACAAAGAACAAACUCAUAAAUGAAUGAUGUUUUCCAGACGAUUCAGGUCUUACAACCUCCUCCUAGAACACAUCCGGUGGACAUCUACCACAGCUUCAUGGAGAAGUUCAUGGUGACCUCACAUGGAGAUAAGAUUUGUAGACUUUGCUUGUAUUUGACUGUUGACACCAUCAGAAUUUUCGAUCUGUUUUUCCGUAUCGCGUUCAUUCAGGUCAUAAUUUUGUAGACCUGGGGAUUAAAACUGCAGGUAAUCUGAUAAUAUGAAGCUGUAAAAUCCAGGGUUUCUUUUGUAAGAGUGUGUGGGGUUUAUUUUUUUCCUCUUGACCCCAUAAAUACUCUGUUUUUAAAUGACACUCAAAUCUAAUAAAUUAUAGAUUUUUCACUUUC